GCGUUGCUUAGUUUGAGACUAGAUGGCGUUGUGAAAUACUGUUAUUAUAUUUAAGCUAGCUAUAACCAAGACUUUGCGUGGAAUUUAACAAAAAUAUUUGUACACCAUAACACGAGAAAUGUACCUAUAAGAUGAAUGGAAUAAUUGUUGUACCUAUUCUGUUUUUCUACCCAAAGGUUGACUGGUAGAUAAUGAAUCGCGGCAUUAAGUCCUCGUUGUGUACCACAAUAAUUCACCAGCCGGCCCUAGAAGCUUCUUACUUGGUUGGCGCGGGACACUACAACGCGGCACACCGCGUACUGCUGGAUGACCUCAUGCCCAGAGCUGUGUUAGCCGAUGAUCUACAAAGCAUAGCGCCCUUACUCGAGCGUAUGAACGAAGCCGCCCAAAGACACGAGGUCAGCGGCUGGGAGAGCGGCGGACAGGCGUUACAUCACUAUCUACACGUCUGUGAUGAGAUCCUGGGCCUAGCGUCGUGUUCAGACGCGGCGGGCGUGGCGGCGCGCCUGGAGGCGCUGCGGCCGCGGGUCGCCGCCGCCGCUAGGGCCCUGGGGGCCUUACAACCUAAGAGCGCAGCCGGGCGCUUCGCCCGCGCGGAGAUGGGCGCGCGACUAGUACAGUGCACGCUGGCGGCCGGAGAGGCCGGCGCCCGCCUCGCCGCGCUGCUGAGGGCGCUGCGCCUGCCGCCCGGCACCACGCACGCCGCGCACUCCUCGAUAAGUUCACUACUAGCAGAGCGAGCGGCCGAGUCUUGCAGUAUCUCAUCACCAAACUCACCACCAGCCCCACAACGAGCCGCCGCCAGCUAAUCACUAGAUGAUGAUAACACGGUGAUAGACUAUACCAUCACUUUCUAUAACUCUGAUCAAUGUGAAAAUAAGGGAUAUUAGACAAAGCCCAUAAAAGCCUUAUACAGUAAACAAACCGCUAUUUUACACAAGCUCAAUGACUUGUCGUACCGAAUUAUUUAAAUAUAACUACUGGGUAUUCAAUAUUAUAUGUAGAUAUAUCAAUUUCAUUUUCAUUAUCGUUUU